CAUUAACAUCAUUUUGGUUUCCAUAGAUUCAGAAGAUGAGUCAAACCUAUCUUUGGGAGGGAUGGUUUGGGUCCAAAUCUCUUUUUAUUCUUCAAUAACAAUCCAAUCUUUCAUUCUUCUAGAGAAGUGCUUUCAGAUUCCUUCAUAUCAUCAAAGAUUUGAUAAAAAAGAAGGAUAAACAGAGUAAGGUUUGAAGAUACUGGCAGGAACAUCACCCUCCCUAAUCAUAACAAGUAAUAAAAAGAAGGAAUUUAAAGAAAGAGUAAAAAUUACAGAGGGCAAAGAAGUCAUUCUCAUCAAUUAAGGUGUGGAGGAUGACCACAAAGAUGAAGGGCCUUCUUAAAGGUCUUAGGUAUAUAUCUCAGAUAUUUGAUGAAGAGAAAGAAGCAGAAAUACAGAUUGGUUUGCCUACAGAUGUAAAGCAUGUUGCCCAUAUAGGAUGGGAGGGUGGUCAAUCUGUUGAUAAUCCAAGCUGGAUGAAAGAAUUCAAAGGAGCAGCAGGGGCUCAGUCAGCUCCUUUAGGCCCAUCUGCUGUGCCAAGGGAGAGCCCAGAGAUCAAAUGGGUUUCUCAAGAUUCAAACAGAAGAAGUUCGAGAGGUGAAGUGAACCUAGACAAGGAUCCGGAUUUGCCCAAGUCAUCAAGACGCCAAGCACCUUCUUCCUCCUCCGAAAACCCCGAUUCCCCGAGCAAAUCCAAGGCCAGGCAUUCCCGGCGAAACCGGUCCAAGGAAACCGCCGCCGACGCCGUCAAGUCCGAUUGCCCGACUGGCGGAGACGUCCCGAAGAAGUCGCGGAGGAAGAAGUCCAAGGACGGAAUUGGCGACGGCGGAUCCACCAGAUCCGCGACGAGAUCGUCCAGGCGGAGCGCCGCUCAGGAGCUAGCGCAGCCGGCCGACGUCGAGGCCUCGGUGAGAUCGAUUUGCAGCGACGCCGCCGGCGACGGUUCCACCAGAUCUUCCAGACGCGGCGAAAUCGAAUGAGCGCCGCCGCGCCUGAGAAAUUGGGAGCUUCCGGUUGCCCUUCAUCGAUGGAAAGAGAGGGAAACUUUAAAAAAGUACUGCCGCGUUU